GAAAAGCAACACCAUGUCCGGACGUGGCAAGGGCGGCAAGGCGAAAGGCAAGAGCAAGACCCGUUCUAGCCACGCAGGGCUUCAGUUCCCUGUGGGCCGUAUUCACCGCCUCCUACGCAAGGGCAACUACGCCGAGCGCGUCGGAGCGGGCGCCCCGGUCUACCUGGCUGCCGUACUCGAGUACCUGGCCGCCGAGGUGCUCGAGCUGGCGGGAAACGCCGCUCGUGACAACAAGAAGACCCGGAUCAUCCCCCGUCACUUGCAGCUCGCCAUCCGCAACGACGAGGAGCUGAACAAACUGCUUUCCGGCGUCACCAUCGCGCAGGGCGGUGUGUUGCCCAACAUUCAAGCCGUGCUUCUUCCGAAGAAGACAGAGAAGAAGGCGUAA